AUGACGAACUGCGCCGUAUUUCUAUGCGGCAACCGCAGUUUUCGCAAAAGAAAGCGUACAAGCAGUGACGACGGCGAACGUAAUCAAACAAGAAAACGACAGAGGGUAACGAAUGAAAAUGACACGCUUGAAAAAGUACGUUUCUUCCGUGUCCCUACUGUUGACGACCGCGAAACGAAACCUGUACAAGAACUUCAAAGAAGAAGAAGACACGAGUGGUUCGCGCGGAUCAAUCGCAAGGACAUAAACCAGGGAGCUUCCCACUACAGGGUCUGCGGGAGGCACUUUGUACAAGGCGAGCCAGCAACGCUGCAUGAUGUUAAUCACCCGGAUUGGGCACCGUCCGUAUCUCUUGGUUACGAAAGACGAACGUCCAGCGGGCUCGAAAAAUAUCAACGGCUGAAACAAAGAACAGAGAAGAAGCAGGAGGUUGAUGCUGCAGAAGCCCUGCUGCGUCUGCAGCAGGCACACACACCUGCUAGUGUUGCUGGAACACCUGACAUGUCAGGCACAGAAGUUUGUGAACUUGCCCUGGUGCAAGAAAAUGCUACCAAUGAUGAGGAAACCGAAUCACUACCAGGUUGCGCUGUUGGUACCGACUUGACAAUGUCUGACAUUUCAAACCUCCAGGCCGAAAACCACAAACAGAAUGAAGAAGUGUACAGGCUGCGAUCAGAGCUAAGCAGGCACAUACUUGACGAGGACACCUUUCGUGCAAACGAAAGAAUGGUCACAUUCUACACUGGUCUACCAAAUUUUGCGAUUUUACUUGCUGUUUUCCAUUUUUUAGAAGACAGUGUAGCGCACGGACCCUGCAACUCUCUUACUAGGUUCCAAGAGAUGAUUGUAACGCUCAUGCGAUUUAGACUCAACUCCCCACUGCAGGAUCUUGCAUAUCGGUUUUCUGUCUCACAACCAACAAUAUCAAGAAUAUUGAGCAGAUGGACUGACGCCAUGUAUGUACGCUUGAAGGGGUUAAUUUUAUGGCCUUCGCGAGAAUGUCUGCAAAAGACAAUGCCCAUGGCAUUUCGCAGCGCCUUUGGUCUUAAAGUCGCUGUGAUACUUGACUGCUUUGAGGUGUUUAUAGAUAGGCCAUCGUCGCUUGUAACACGGGCAUUGACGUGGUCCCACUAUAAACAUCACAACACAGUCAAGUAUCUUAUCGGCAUUUGUCCCCAGGGAGUGGUAACAUAUGUUUCCAAAGGUUGGGGUGGCCGAACAAGUGACAAGGAAAUCACAGAAUCUUGUGGUGUUCUGGAUAACCUGCUUCCCGGCGAUUCCGUUCUUGCCGACCGGGGUUUCACAAUUGCCGACAGUGUGGGGAUCCAUCGUGCAAAACUUGAGUUGCCUGCCUUCACAAGGGGAAAAGCACAGCUUUCACCUUGGGAGGUCGAAAAUACAAGGCGUUUGGCAAACGUCCGGAUUCACGUGGAAAGAGUGAUAGGCCUGGUCCGCACAAAGUAUUCAAUUCUGAAAAGCACCAUUCCGAUUGAAAUGGUAACUACGAGAGAAGGGGACGAAGUCCCUAUGCUGGACAAGGUUGUCGUAGUGUGUUGUUCGUUAUGUAAUUUGUGCAAUUCUGUAGUGCCCUUUGAAUGAUUUCUAUUUUUUUUGCCAGCUCACAACUUGUGACAUGUUCUGUGAUACCUUCACACAUCUGCAAUGCACUCUGUCAUUUCUGUCGUCAUACUAUCCGCAGCAACUAUCCAAGCAUACUAUGCAAGUGCAAAUAUUUACUUAGGGAUGUGAUGUGAUCUGUGAUAUUUUAGUUAUGUAGAGCAUCACAUUAUAUAUUUUUGGUCUGUGAUUAUAUUGC